CAGCGCUUCAGUUGAAUCUCGGCCAGUCCAGUGAGAGCUUGCCAUAGUGUCAGGUAGAUUAGAACACCUCCGUUUGUCCCUCCACCCCACCUGUAUCAGCGGAUUAAGCGAUAAGCCAGCAGCUCUGCUCUGCUCUGUUUGUGUGUUUCUGUCUCUGAGAUCUGGUUACGUAAACAGGAAAACAAGAAAGGGGAAACCAUGGAAGUACCGCCGCCAUUGGUCCUCAAGCGACACAUGUAUGUGCCCAGCAAGACACUGAUGGGUCCCGGACCCUCCAACUGCUCCCAUCGCGUGCUCGAGGCCAUGAGUAAUCCGGUGCUGGGGCACAUGCAUCCCGAGUGCCUGCAGAUCAUGGACGAGGUUAAGGAGGGCAUCAAGUACAUCUUCCAAACCCUAAACGAUGCCACCAUGUGCAUCAGUGGAGCGGGUCACAGCGGCAUGGAGGCAGCACUCUGCAAUCUAAUCCAGGAUGGCGACGCCGUCCUGAUGGGCAUCACCGGUGUCUGGGGCCAUCGGGCUGGGGAUAUGGCGCGUCGCUAUGGCGCCGAAGUACACUAUGUGGAGGCAAGCUUCGGACGCGCCCUGAGCUGGGAGGAGAUCACAUUCGCCUUCGAGGCCCAUCGGCCGCGUGUGUUCUUCAUUGCCCAGGGUGACUCCUCCACGGGGAUCAUUCAGCAGAAUAUCCGUGAAAUCGGUGAACUGUGCCGGAAGUACGAUUGCUUCCUGGUGGUGGAUACAGUGGCCUCGCUGGGAGGCACUGAGUUCCUCAUGGACGAGUGGAAGGUGGAUGUGGCCUAUACGGGUUCACAGAAGGCCCUUGGCGGUCCGGCUGGCCUCACACCGAUUUCGUUUAGCAAGCGAGCUCUUACCCACAUCCGGAAGCGAAAGACCAAGCCGAAGGUCUACUACUUUGAUAUCCUUCUGAUUGGUCAAUACUGGGGCUGCUAUGGCACGCCCAGGAUCUAUCAUCACACCAUAUCCUCCACCCUGCUGUACGGACUGCGCGAGGCCCUGGCCCAUUUCUGUGCUUUGGGCCUGAAGGCCGUCGUCCGGCGGCAUCAGGAGUGCUCCAAGCGGCUGCAGUUGGGCAUCGAGGAGCUGGGCCUGGAGAUGUUCGUGCAACGGGAGGAGGAGCGUUUGCCCACGGUGAACACGAUCAAAGUGCCGUUCGGUGUGGACUGGAAGAAGGUGGCCGAGUAUGCCAUGCGCAAGUACAGCGUGGAGAUCAGCGGCGGCCUGGGGCCCACAGUGGAGCAUGUCUUCCGCAUUGGUCUGAUGGGCGAGAAUGCCACCGUGGAGCGCGUUGAUAUGGUCCUCAGCAUCCUCAACGAGGCCAUCCAAAGCAUCAAGCUCAAGGCGGUCAAGACAGAGCGUUCCAAAAUAUAAAAAUUACAUUGUUUCCUUCUUUUUUAAUGGUUUUUUAAAUAAUAAAUAUAAAUAAUAAAAA